AUGGUCUGUUUUUCUCUUCUGGUGCUUGCAUGCGCACUGCCGGCUACCUAUGCGUGGUUGCCAAAUGAUGGCUCCACCAAGCUCGUCGACACCGAUGGGCACAGUCUGUUUGAAGGAAAUGGGACAUCCUCUAAUAAGAGUGGUAUCACUCCACGCUGGUGGAACAGUUCUGGGAAGAUUAGAGGAGUCAACUUAGGCUCAGUCUUCGUCUAUGAGCCGUGGAUUGACUCAGGCGAAUGGAACAAGAUGGGCUGUGGUUCUUACAAGUCCGAAUUCGACUGCGUUUCGAAGCUUGGUCAGGCGAAAUCUGACGCUGCCUUCCAGAAACAUUGGGACACCUGGAUCACCGCGGCCGAUCUGGACGAGAUGUUGAGUUACGGUAUCAACACUAUUCGCAUCCCCCUAGGAUAUUGGCUUGACGAGUCUCUCGUCGAUAAGUCGGAGCAUUUCCCGAAGGGUGCUGUGACUUACUUGAUCCGGCUCUGCGGCUGGGCUAGUGACCGUGGUUUUUAUAUCAUCUUGGGCCACCACGGCGCCCCAGGUGCACAAGAGCGGCAAAAUCCGUUCACCGGCCAGUACGCUACUACCCCGGGCUUCUACAACGACUACCAAUAUGAUCGCGGUGUCAAAUUCCUGAAGUUCCUCAGAAAGCUUGUCCACGAUCACAACGAGUUCCGCAACGUCGGUAUGAUUGAGGUUCUAAAUGAGCCCGUCGCCUGGGAUCGCAAGGUGCAAUCGAUGCGGUCCGUCUUCUACAAGGACGCUUACACGGGAAUUCGCCAGGUCGAGAAAGACCUCAACGUGGCUCGCAACAAUUACGUCCACAUACAGAUGAUGAACACAAACUGGGGCUCCGGGAAUCCGGUCGAGUUCUUGAGCGACACGUAUUUCACCGCAUUCGAUGAUCACCGUUAUUUAAAGUGGUCGACGAGCGUUUCUGUCUCGCAUCAGAGCUAUAUCUCAACUUCUUGCAAAGAUAACCGCAACUCAGAUGCCGCUGGGCCUACCAUCGUUGGCGAGUGGAGUAUCGCAGUGCCAGACAACGUUGAAUCGACGGAUGGGUGGAGCCCAAGCAAGCAGAAAGCCUUCUACAAGAAGUGGUUUGCUGCUCAGGUUUACUCUUACGAGAAAUCGACUGCAGGCUGGGUUUUCUGGACAUGGAAGACCGCGCUGGGCGAUGACUACCGGUGGUCCUACAAAGCCGCCGUUGCUGCCGGUGUCAUUCCGAAGGACUUGAACACUAUUGCCACUUCUGGUGUUUGUGGAUAG